AUGCAGCGUGACUUAUCAGACCGAUUGCUCAGUACUUGUGGCAACGAUGAAUGCUUGAAGCAAGCACAGAAUGAACAAGUGAUCAAAGUCGUGGUGCCAUACUUGACCCGCAUAACGCAACUAUUACCACUACGACUGCCUAUACAAUUCGGCAAGACACAACAUAAUGCUUUCGAACAAGCCAAUGCCACACUUAGAAACGAUCUGAAAGCAAGCAACACUCUCACUCAACUUCAUCUUACUGGCAACAAAAUAUCCGAGAAAGGAGCUGAAGCACUAGCAGAAGCACUGAAACUAAACAACACUCUAACUCAGCUUGAUCUUAAAUGGAACAAAAUAUCCGAUAGAGGAGGUGCAGCACUAGCAGAAGCACUGAAACUAAACAACACUCUCGCCAAACUUGAUCUUGGAGGCAACGAAAUAUCCGAGAAAGGAGGUGAGGCACUAGCAGAAGCACUGAAAGUAAACAACACUCUCACUCAACUUGAUCUUGGAGGCAACGAAAUAUCCGAGAAAGGAGGUGAAGCACUAGCAGAAGCACUGAAACUAAACAACACUCUCACCAAACUUGAUCUUGGAGCCAACGAAAUAUCCGAUAGAGGAGGUGUAGCACUAGCAGAAGCACUGAAAGUAAACAACACUCUCACCAAACUUCAUCUUGGCGGCAACAAGUUAUCCGAGAAAGGAGGUGAGGCACUAGCAA